AUGCCAAACCAGCACAAGGACAGCCAUAUCGACCCGAGACUUCGAGAGCUCUCCCCUUUUGAUCUCAGUGAGCUCGAGAACUUCCACCUCGACGAUUCGCUCUUCACCCCUGGCACUGAAGCUCAGCCUCAGGCCUCUCAGGUUGGCGAUGCCAUGAUGAGCGGCGCCUUGGUCGACAACACCAACUUCCCUGGAUAUCCUGAGGGUCCUUACCCCAGGCCUCGACAGGGCUUUUCGCAGAGGGAGCUCGAAGACCAGCAGAACUGGGUUAACGACCUGCAGAUUGAGGCCAACCAGGGUAUACUCGAUCUUGCGAACAACAUAAACCAACAGCUUUCGAUGGCUCAGGGAUUCCGUGUUGCUCGCAACGAAGCCGCAGAGAGCCUCCUUGCUUCGCACCCAGGUCAGGCUACAAACGCCAAUCUUCACAGCCGCGCUCGAGCUAUGCAGGCCGAAUCUCAGUAUCUCGGCACGACCUCGCAGCAGGCCGCCACUUUCCAGCAGCACGCAGCUUCGGGCCAGGCCCCUCAGCCCAUGGGGAUCAACCCGACUCCUGGGUCUGGUCUUGUUCCCACUGAAGUUCCUGGUCCACGACGUGCUACUGCUACCGAUAUGCAGUGUGCGCCUAUUACCGGAGGUCGCGCCCCUCCGAAGAAGGUCACGGUCGACAUUUCCGACGACGGAACACCUCGAGUUGUCACAACUGACGGCGAAGACGGCGGGCCCAUCAGACUCAGCGAUAUCGUGGCACGCCCCCGCUCGGAGCAGAUUACCGCCCCGCGAGCAGGACAGCCCCCGCUGAAGCGUGUCAAGAUCAACAAGCGAUCGACUCGCGUGCCAUACCUGCCCAUUAACGACGACAUGUCGGACACAGAGCGACUCCGCCGCGCCAUGCGCAACCAGGAGAUGGCGGAGAUCGACCGCGCCGAGAAGCGCGCCAGAAACAACGCCGCGGCGAGGCGCACUCGUGAGAAGCGCGAGCAGAUGUUGGCCAAUCAGCGACAGACUAUCGCGCAGCAGCAACAGAGCAUCGCCGCGCUCCAGUCCCAGCUGGACGCGGCGCAGACGGAGCUUAAGCGAAAGCGACGUCGCAAUGACGAUGCCGACAACGACGACGACGAGUUCUUCGAGAAGCGACGUCGAAUCUAA